CCAGCCACAGCCACAGCCACAGCCACCCAAGCCAACAUGUGCCACACCAGCUGCUCCUCGUGCUGCCAGCCGUCCUGCUGCGUGUCCAGCCCCUGCCAGGCUGCCUGCUGCGUGCCUGUGAGCUGCAGGCCUGUCCUGUGCGUGACUCCAUCCUGCCAGUCCUCGGGCUGCUGCCAGCCCUCCUGCCAGGCAUCCGUGUGCCUCCCCGUGAGCUGCAGGCCUGCCGUGUGCGUGCUCCCCUCCUGCCAGUCUUCGGGCUGCUGCCAGCCCUCCUGCCAGGCGUCCGUGUGCCUCCCCGUGAGCUGCAGGCCUGCCAUGUGCGUGGUCCCCUCCUGCCAGUCCUCAGGCUGCUGCCAGCCCUCGUGCCCCGCCCUCCUCUGCAACCCUGUCUCCUGCGGCACCUCCUCCUGCUGCACCUCCUCCUGCUGCUGACCUCCCGGCUCCAUGCCAGCUGUGCGGGACAGGGGACAGCCGCACCGCACCUCUAGGGCCCAUGCUCAGCAGUGGAGCAGGUGGGACGCCUGGACUCUGGUCUAGAACCCAGCAGAAGGGUUUAGAGCCUCCCCUCACUGUCCACUCAGGACAGCUGUUCUGACCCCAUGGUCCCAUGGGAGCCCAAUAAAUACGUUCUC